AUGGAGAACGACUCCCCCACCUCCGACCCGGCUGCUCCAGCUGAACCAGCCGCCCCUCGCUCCUUGCAAAUCCCGACAAACAUGGACUCCAACUCGCCGCCCGCGAAGCGCGCAAACCGCCUGUCCAUAAACACCACUGCGCGACCCACGAUGCCGCCGUCGCCCGCAAUCGACUCGCCGCACCGCCGCUCCAGCUCCUACUACAAUCGCAUUCCCAAGUCUCCAGGCGCCCCUCUCCCUAGCCCGCUCAACCGCAGCGCCAGCAGCCUCGGUGUGCGCCCAGCGUCGCCCGCGCUUUCGCGUCGCAGCUCCAUAGUCUCGCUCCAGGGCGCCGCCGCCGAAAGCACUCAUACCCCUAGAAAGUCCGUGUCGCGGCGCACAUCCGGCAACCUCAGAUCCUCAUCGUCCGCUGCGCUAGCGUCCCCGCGCUCCGUUCCCGCCGACGAGCCCGUGCCGCUCACAGCGCAGAAGGUCGCCUCCGACUACUUCGCCAAAGAGCUCGAAUACCACAAGAGCGAGGAGCUGUCGACCCAGACGGUCGUCAUCCUGCACGAUGCUUGCUACGGCCACCGGUUUUCGCGCCCCAAGUCCACCAAGUCUGCGCUCAGCAUGAUUGUCGAGCGCCCCGAGCGCAUUCACGCUGGCAUCCUAGGAAUUUCGACAGCCUACGUGAGGUUCGCCGAGAGACAUGCUGGCGGUCCGCAUGCGCCGCACCCUAAGCGUGACCCGCCAAAGGAGCUCCCGUUCACGAUCCGGCGCACGUCCCGCGCGCUCGAUAUUACAUCCCCUAUUGUGACAAAUGUGCACGGCACCAAGUGGAUGGCGGAACUGCAGACAAUGUGCAACACCGCCGCGGAAAAACUGGCCUCGAACGGAAAGGAGCUUGCCAGGACCGACGAGCCUGGCCAGCCUGCGAAGGAGAAGUUCCACGAAGGAGACCUUUAUCUCGCCUCGGAGUCAUUGGACGCCUUCCAGGGUGCCCUUGGUGGCGUAUGCGACGGCAUCGACGCUGUCUUCUCGGGCACUAAAGACAAGCCGCGUAAUGCUUUCGUUUGCGUACGCCCUCCGGGUCACCACUGCUCAGCCGACUUUCCGUCGGGCUUCUGCUGGCUGAAUAACGUCCAUGUAGGCAUCGAGUAUGCAGCCCAAACUCAUGGGCUUACGCAUGCUGCAAUCAUUGACUUCGAUCUUCACCACGGUGACGGCUCUCAAGCCAUCGCCUGGGAGCGCAACGCCAAGGUGGCGAACAUGCCUGCCAAACAAUCCAAGACCGCGCCGCCUCAAAAGAGGACACAGAUCGGCUACUUCAGUCUCCACGAUAUUAACUCGUAUCCCUGCGAGUAUGGCGAGAUUGAAAAGGUUCAGGCCGCCAGUCUGUGCAUUGAGAACGCUCACGGCCAGACUGUCUGGAACGUGCACCUGCAACCGUGGAAAACCGAAGAGGAGUUCUGGCAGCUGUACGAGACUCGAUACCUAACCCUCCUCGAGAAAGCUCGGGUUUUCCUGCGCACACACUCCCAGCGCCUUCGCGCCUCGCCAACCCAGCCGCAGCCAAAAGCUGCAAUUUUCAUUUCUGCUGGAUUUGACGCGAGCGAGUGGGAAGGCCAAGGAAUGCAGAGGCACAAAGUCAACGUGCCUACCGACUUCUACGCCCGCUUCACGCAGGACAUCGUCAAGUUGUCUCAGGAAGAGGGCCUUGGCGUUGACGGCCGAGUGAUCAGUGUGCUCGAGGGCGGCUACAGCGACCGAGCCUUGGCCAGCGGUGUCCUGAGCCAUCUGAGCGGCCUCUGCGAAGGACAGAAGAUCCCCGUCGCGAAGAAGGAAUCCACUGCGCUCAACGGCCUUGGCAAUGGAAUGGUGAUUGAUCGCGCAGCUUUGCAGCAAGCAUAUGAGAACGGGGAGCAUACGCUUCGAUAUAACGUCGAGUGGUGGCAUGAAGCCAACCUGACAGCGCUUGAAACGAUGGUCUACCCUCCUCCUCCGCCCGCUCCCAAGAAGCAACAGCGGGGCCAAUCGGGCAACUUUGCCACACCGACUCAGUCGUUCACUGCGAAGGUCGUUGAUCCUGAAAAGUUCAUCCGCAAUGCUUAUGGACAACUCGUGCCGAUCAGAGAGCUUCCGAGACCUCCAACACCUCCGCCACCGGACGUCAACUGGAUCGUUGCGGCUCAUGAGCUCUGCAAGUUGCUUGUCCCCACUGACCGGCAGACGAAGAGCUUCAAGCCUGAGGAGCUUGCCGAGCCGCGCAGCAAGAAGGAGAAGGCGCCUCCAUCCGAGGUUCCUAUCAACCCUACUGGUGGGAGACAGCUGCGUGAAAGGAAGCCAAAGGUCGCCGACUACACUGAGCCCCCAUCGGAUGACGAGAAGUUUCAUCCGAAAUCAACAUUGGAUACUGAUCGCCGACGGACGAUGGGCGAUUGCCCCACGGCAGAAGAGAAUGACUUGCCCGAUCUUCCUCAAUUCCAGCGGAGACAAAGCCUUGUUUCUGAGAUCGGAUCCGUUGCCGGAGAACGUCCAAGUAGUAGAGCAUCGACCGCAGCAAAGCAACCUGCAAACGGACUUCAAGUGAAGAAGACUAGGGUCCCAAAAACGACCAAGGCGGACACUACCGUGAAGCCGCCACCGAGGCCUAUUGCCUCUAGGGCCUCAAGCUAUGCGCAGCCUAACAAGGCUCCUGCUGCGACUAAGCCACUGAAGGCAAAGGCGGAGAGUUCUGGCGAUGACGUGGAUCAACUUACCUCGGGUAUCAAGAGAAUCACGUUGAAGAUGCCCACCAGGGAGGAGCACGACGCCCGCCAGGCUGCAGCUGCAGCGGCUGAGAAGGAGAGCAAGAAGCCAGCUGCUCCCAAGGCCACUAAAAAGGCCCCGGCUGCUCGUAGCACCAAGACGGUAGCUGCCUCGAGGAGAGCUGCUGCGAAGGAGGCGAAGGAGACGAAGGAAAUGAAAGAAACAGACGAGGCAAAGGAGGCCAAUGGUGCGAAGGACGCAACCGAGUCGAAGCCCACGCCGCCCCCCUCGGAACACACCGAGGAUGCCAUGUCGAUUGUGUCUUACACGUCUACAUCCAACCAAUCCGAACCCAUGGUUCCUGUUUCAGAGUCAACGUUGGUCGUUCCAGGAGGAUUGGAGCCGCAGCAGGGACGGGCGCUUUCGCGCGCAUCCAUCGAAAACAUGGCAGAGCGGAUCCGGAACUCGUUCCCGCCGUCGCUAGCCUCACCUUCUGAGCUCUCGGAAGGAUCGACGCCGCAGGGCCUUCUUGAGACGGCUGGACCUGUACAUGUCCCGGAGGUGACGCCGCGGCCCGACUCGCCUCCUCCGCCUCCCCCUGCCACUAUGCCGCAGUUCAUCCAAUACGACCCGGCCAAGGGUACUACUACGGCUGAAGUUGACGCAGGUGUAGUGCAGCAGGCAACGGUGCUGCAGUGGUUGCCGCCGAACUCGGACCCUGAGGCUGCCGGUCAAUUGCAAGGGGCGCCUCAGUCUCCGGGCCGCAAGCAAAAGCAAGCAUUGCCUGUGUUUACUUCCAAUGGCUUCAUCCCGUUCGCUCAGGCUCCCAGCUCGAGGGCCGAGACCGGCAGUGUCGUCACGGAGCGUGAGGAAACGCAGUUCAAGCAGGAGACGUCGGACCAGGAGAGGAUGAUCCUGGACGUUCCUGAAGCCAAGGAGUGA